UCCGCGUUCAUGUGUCAGAUUCGGUGGCGGACGGAAGAGAGCAGAAAUCAUGGCUCUUGUAUUCAGCGAUGAGGAGUUUCAGCAGGCGUGGACGGAGCUGGACGAGCCGCAGCUGGACGGAGGAUGGGAGUUUUUCACCGAGACCAUGAACGUCAAGAUCUACAGACUGUACAGCAAGGAGACUGGUUUGUACGAGUAUAAAGUGUUUGGUUCUCUGUCCGGCUGUUCUCCAGAGCUCUGCGCUGAUGUUUACAUGGACCUCAACUACAGGAGACAGUGGGACUCUUAUGUCAAAGAGCUGCAUGAGAAAGACUACAGCGAUAAGAAAGCCAUAUACUGGGAGGUGAAAUAUCCAAUGCCGCUGUCCAACAGGGAUUAUGUGUAUGUGCGCGAGCGGAGGGAUCUGGACGUGUCCGGACGGAAGAUCUGUGUGGUUUUAGCUAAGAGCUCAUCUGUGUCUCAGUGUCCGGAGAAGAGAGGAGUGAUCCGAGUCAAAGACUACAAACAGAGCCUGGCCAUAGAGAGCGACGGCUCCGGAGGAACCAAAAUGUUUAUGAACUACUUUGAUAAUCCUGGAGGAAUGAUCCCGACGUGGCUGGUCAACUGGGCGGCGAAGACAGGUGUUCCUUCAUUCCUCACCGACAUGAAGAAAGCCUGCAGCAAUUACAGCGACUACUGCAAAAACAGCAAGUGAUCUGAGCUCGGGCUCCUGUCAGACGGGCAUUCUGGGUAGAGCUACUGCUGGUGAUGGGAGAAAACAUUGCUGGAGUCGUUCGUUACUGUAUUUUUUAAUUUCAUCUGUAAUGUUAAAGGGAUAGUUGACCCAAAACUGAAAUUGACUCCCCAUUAACUCCCUCUCAAGCAAUUCCAAACAAUUUAUGAGGAUUCUGUUGGACACAAAAGAAAAUAUUUUGAAGAACGUUGAAAACCGGUAGCCAUUGACAUCCAUAGUGAGUGAUAACUGGUUUACAAAAUUCAUCUAAAUAUGUUUAUUUGUGUCCAACAGAGGAAGAAAAAGAGUUAAUGAUGACUGAAUUUUACAAUUUUGGGUCAACUAUCGUUAUCAUUGAUCAAAAUGAAUUAUGAUUUGUGUUGAAUGUUAGCGUAUUAGGGCUAAUUAUUGUUUUAGGGUUUGUUCACACUUGGUUUGUUUGAUCUGGAGCAUAAAAAAAACCUUGAUUAUUCUACCAUCACUUCAAGUCACUUAUAUGUCACACAUAAGCGCCAGACAGAAUCUGAUUUUUGUCUCCAUGGGAAGAUUAUUUAGCUUGUUUAAGGAGAAACUUGCUUAAGUUUUAGAUAUUAUUUUUGAAAACAAGUGUAACCCACCAGUCCCACUGCCCCCAACCCGAUCUGAGCUGGGAUUGAAUGGGUAUUCUUUGCAUGGCAGUUUGUUGCUCUAAUAAGGAGGCUAAAGACCAUGGCCCCUAGCAUCUGUUGCUAGAGCACCUGUACAAGUCAGAGGAGUGAGGUUUACCUGCAUAGCACUUCACUAGCUGGCCACCGUUACACUCACCCCCCAAACCUCACUCACAUCCCGGACGAAACCCCAAGUGUAACCCAUCGGUCCUACUGCACCCAACCCGCUCUGAGCUAGGAUCAAAGUAGAGAUUCUUUGCAUGGGAGUUGGUUGUUCUAACAAGCAGGCUAAAGACCAUGGCCUCUAGCGUCUGUUGCUAAAGCACCUUUUGAGGUCAGAGGAGUGAGGUUUACCUGCAUAGCACUUCACUAGCUGGCCACCUAUGCACUCACCACCCUAAAUCUCACUCCCAUCCUGGACGAGCCCCCAAGUGCAACCCACCGCUCCUACAGCCCCCAACCUACUCUGAGCUGGGAUUGUACUAGUGAUUCUUUACAUGGGAGUUGGUGGCUCUAACAAGGAGGCUAAAGACCAUGGCCUCUAGCGUCUGUCCCUAGAGCACCUUUUGAGGUCAGAGGAGUGAGGUUUACCUGCAUAGCACUUCACUAGUUGGCCACUGUUACUCUCACCCCCCAAAACCUCACUCUCAUCCCGGACGAGCCCCCAAGUGAAACCCACAAGUCCUACUGCACCCAACUCGUGCUGAGCUGGGAUCAAACCGCUGAUUCUUUGCAUGCGAGUCAGUUGCUCUUACAAGGAGAGUAAAGACCAUGGCCCCUAGCGUCUGUUGCUAGAGCACCUUUUGAGGUCAGAGGAGUGAGGUUUACCUGCAUAGCACUUCACUAGCAGCCAAUGUUACACUCAUAGGUCCUAAACCUCACUACCAUCCCGGACGAGCCCCCAAGUGAAACUCACAAGUCCUACUGCACCCAAACCUCUCUAAGCUGGGAUUGAACCGGCGAUUCUUUACAUGGAAGUUGGUUGUUCUAACAAGGAGACUGAAGACCAUAUCCACUAGCUGCCCUUCGUUAUACAAGACUAUAUUUCUACGUGUCUAGAAAAAUGUAGGAAUUUUCAUAUAUUUGGACUAGAAACAAGACAAAAAGGCAAAUUUAUUCAUUGUAUUUAGACAUGUUAUGUAUUUUUAUUGGUUAUGAACUCAGAAAGCAUGUAAAUGAAUCAAAACAACGUUAAAAAUGAAUUUCUCAAACACAAAUGAACAUCUGCAGUAAACAAUCGUUUCUGUCACCAGUAUUGAACUGAAAUCAACAAUACAGACUAUGAAGAGGAAAGUUAUCUGGUCAUCUUUUUUUUAUAAUUAUUUUUUAGGUGUUUUCACCUUUAUUUUGACAGGACAGUAGAGAGAAUUGACAGGAAAAUGUGGGGAGCAGAGACAGGGGAAGGAUCGGCGCGAACACCGGAGUGCAUGUGUCGGUGCACUUUCCACUACGCUAUAGGCACUGACAAUAUCAGGUCAU